CUCUCAAAAAAAGGAUAGCUAUUACUGUUGUACAACAAGAAUAAUUAGUACUAGUAGCAUCUCUCAGCAGGUAGAAUGUUUUAGCUAUGGUUCUGACUACCCCAGCCCCGACUCCCAACAACUUUCAUUACACCUACUCUCUUCUUUCAUCACCAUUCACCUCUUGUUCCUCCAUUCUCCUUUACCAAAAAUCAUAGAGGAUGAAACCUCACAUAGCCCCAAAGCUGGUCACAUUGGUCUGACAAAUCCGGUAGCAAGUGCUUCAAUGAGCCCAGUUGAAGAUGGGGAAACCAGGAAAUGUGCCAUCAGUAGAGUCAAGGGAGCUGAUAGGACCUUUCCCUGGUCUAUCCCUUUACUAUCCUCAGGACAGGGCUUGGUGGGAACUUCCCUAGCCAAAUGAGCCUCAAUAUUGUGUUUCAAAUGCUUCAAUUUCCUUCAAUAUUCACAUUCAAUGAUGAAUACUUACCAUUCUUAGAAGCGGACUGAACCAAAACUUUUUAGAUCACCUAGUUCUGUUUGUUUUUUCCUUCAUUUUGUUGACGUUUCACCUUUUCAUCCAUAAAUUCUGGUGUUACACUCUGCACAAUCAAGCAUCUUGGUUUUGUUUUCCAUUUUAUGAAUUAUUCCAGAGGAACAUGUUCAUGAGAAUUUACCCUUUUUUGUAAUUAUGGUCAUUCCAUCACUUUUAGAUUUCCCUCAUUUAUUUGCCUCAUUCAUCAUUUGCCUCUGGAAGCAUAUAACAUUUUUAUUUACCUUUUCUGGAAUUAAAUUUGGGUUUCAUACUUAGGAAAAAGCCCUGCAGAAUGAACCCAUACCCAGACAGUACCAUAUUUAGGGGUGCUGAUGGCUUAGUUCAAUCACUUUGAGUUUAAUUCUAGUUUUUAACCAAAUUUGAAGACAAAAGUACAAAGAUUGAAAGAGAAUGGGAAUAAAAAACAAUGAUUUCUGGCAUUAAAUACAUCAGAAAGCCCAGCUGGGUUUUGGAGGACUGGAAAAGAUGGGAAAGACAAUGAUUUUUAAAAACAGAAUGUUUUCAAUUUUAAUUCCGAUUUGGACAAAAUUCACACAUGGGAAAUUCAAGGAUUCAGAAUCAAUUUCUUUUAUUGAAAGAUUAUUUAAAUUUAACUAUAAAUUAUAGAAUAAAUUGUUGGAAUUGACUAGUAAUGAUAAACUGAAGAUAAAUAAUGAAAAUAUAGCAUUGAUUACCUAAUUUGGAAAUAAUUCUUGAAUGCCUACUGCGUACAGACACUAUACAAACUCACUUAAUGUUCCUGUGAAAUCGAGAUCCCACUUUACAGAGAAGAAAAUAACGGCUCAGACACAUAAAAAACAAAACCAAAAACCCAUCACCAAGUUCAUGUGUUUUGUAAGUGUUACAGCUACGCUAACAUUCUUCCUGGUAUCAUUUAAAGGACCCUAGAGCUCCGUCAUUGACUAGCUGUAUGACUUAGGGGAACCUCCUUAUCUUCCUUGCCUUAGUUUCCUCAUCUGUAAAAUGGAGGGUCUGGAUUAGGAACUCCACGGUCUAAAGACAUUCCUUGCAGCUUUAACAUUCUAUGAGCAUAAGGAGUAUAUGGGCAUGAUUUUAAGGACUGGUUGUUUAUGAGCCAAUCAGAGGUGUUGAAUAAACACCUCCCUACUAGGUCAAGGUAGAAAGGGGAGGGCAAACAUUGGAAAAAAAAAAAAACAUGAUGAGAAGUCUAUAAAAAUUGUGUGCUACCAAAGAUCUGUCUUAUUUGGCAGCUGCUGCCUCACCCACAGCUUUUGAUACCUAGGAGGACUCUUCUCUCCCAAACUGUAAGUAAAAAAGCUUCCUUUGUAUACCUGGACAGCACCAGUGAAUAAGGGGUUAGUAACAGUACUAAGCUUAUAGAAGGGAAGAUUGGUUUGCCUUUGUUUUCGGGAAAAACUUGAUGGUGGCUGAAAACAUGAUGGCUCUGCUUGGAGGGAAAUGCUUGUUUUCCUCUCUCUAAGUAUAAAUGCUCAUUCACACCUUUCCUGGCUUUUUGAGAGGUGGCAAAAUGCCCAAGAUUGAUUGCCAGUUACAUAUGUUACCUGAAUGAGGCCCUUGUGAGUCUCUGAUCUAAGAAAAACAACUUGAACACUCCUAUCAUUAGGUUCUAAUCAGUUUUUGAGAUUCCUGUUCAUUUCAACUCUCAACUCUCUUUUCAUAACAACUGCUUAUUUUAGUGAUUUAUUUACAUAUCUACUGCCUUAUGUCAUUUUCUACAUUCUCUUCCCACACCUACUGGUACUGACACUGAAGUUUCUUUGUCACAGAAACAAACCCUUGGAGUGUUUUGCCCUUUCCUUCACCCACUGCUCAAAUGACGAAAUGCGACAGGGUUGGAAACUUCACAGAGCAUAGUCGUCAUUUGAUUAUGAAUUUCCAAACCCUUCAUGUUUGACACUUUCUAGAACAUUUCCUGCUGGCCCCAGACACUGUGAAGACCCUACAGCUUAAGAUAGUAGGAAUCAAAAGGUUGUGUAUUUUGAUACAUUUGCUCUACUAUCUGAAAAAUAGGCAUUGUGAGAAUAUGUUGCCUUUUUAAAAAAUAACUUCUCUUUAAAUAGUUACCUAGGUCUCCAUUAGACAAUUUGGAUGCACCAGAGCUUGAACUCUGCUGCCCUGCUAUUCAUCACUUUAGCUAAGGCACAUCUGGGUAGCACCCAGGCCCAGGUUAGAGCCAGAGAUACUGGGCAGGGAAUGGGGAAAUGCUGAAUAUCUGAGAGGUCCUUGGGCUUCAGUCCAAGUUUAGAGGAAAGAGCACCAUUCAGGACUCAUUCUGGGCUGCUCCACAUGUGUUAAAGGGCACUGGAAAUCAGGCUGUCCUAGGGCUGCCCUAGAUCAUCCCACUGUACUUGUCACUGGGACACUGGGGUGGAUAAUGAAGCUAUGGGCAUCUUUAAGCAUCAUAUACAAAAGUGCUGCAUGCAGUGCCUAGAAAUCAUGGGCUUUCAAUAAAUAAGCCUCCUCAUAUUCGCCUUAAAAAUCCAUUUGCCUUGUACAUAGAGAAGCAAAUGAACUUUCUGGUGCCUUCUAUUUCUCCAGGAAUUAAAUAUCCAUGUUACAAAUAAUUAUGUUUUCACAGAACGUCUUCAAGGAAGGCAGAAAGAACCAUACCAUAGGAUUCUACCUGCUAUUUUGCCAAAGGAUUAGAAAUAGAAUUCUAAGUCUUAAGCCAAUAGGACGUAACUUGCAAUCCUAGAACAUCACAACUUAGAAGGCACAUCAGACAUAGUCUCUCUGGCUUUAGUUUCCUCAUCUCUAAAGUGACUGGGUUGAUGCAAGUAUAUCUGAGACCUGUCACCAUGGCCCACCGAUUUCCAGCCCUCACCCAGGAGCAGAAGAAGGAGCUCUCAGAAAUUGCCCAGAGCAUUGUUGCCAAUGGGAAGGGGAUCCUGGCUGCAGAUGAAUCUGUAGGUACCAUGGGGAACCGCCUGCAGAGGAUCAAGGUGGAAAACACUGAAGAGAAUCGCCGGCAGUUCCGAGAAAUCCUCUUCUCUGUGGACAGUUCCAUCAACCAGAGCAUCGGGGGUGUGAUCCUUUUCCACGAGACCCUCUACCAGAAGGACAGCCAGGGAAAGCUGUUCAGAAACAUCCUCAAGGAAAAGGGGAUCGUGGUGGGAAUCAAGUUAGACCAAGGAGGUGCUCCUCUUGCAGGAACAAACAAAGAAACCACCAUUCAAGGGCUUGAUGGCCUCUCAGAGCGCUGUGCUCAGUACAAGAAAGAUGGUGUUGACUUUGGGAAGUGGCGUGCUGUGCUGAGGAUUGCCGACCAGUGUCCAUCCAGCCUCGCUAUCCAGGAAAACGCCAACGCCCUGGCUCGCUACGCCAGCAUCUGUCAGCAGAAUGGACUGGUACCUAUUGUUGAACCAGAGGUAAUUCCUGAUGGAGACCAUGACCUGGAACACUGCCAGUAUGUUACUGAGAAGGUCCUGGCUGCUGUCUACAAGGCCCUGAAUGACCAUCAUGUUUACCUGGAGGGCACCCUGCUAAAGCCCAACAUGGUGACUGCUGGACAUGCCUGCACCAAGAAGUAUACUCCAGAACAAGUGGCUAUGGCCACCGUAACAGCUCUCCACCGUACUGUUCCUGCAGCUGUUCCUGGCAUCUGCUUUUUGUCUGGUGGCAUGAGUGAAGAGGAUGCCACUCUCAACCUCAAUGCUAUCAACCUUUGCCCUCUACCAAAGCCCUGGAAAUUAAGUUUCUCUUAUGGACGGGCCCUGCAGGCCAGUGCACUGGCUGCCUGGGGUGGCAAGGCUGCAAACAAGGAGGCAACCCAGGAGGCUUUUAUGAAGCGGGCCGUGGCUAACUGCCAGGCGGCCAAAGGACAGUACGUUCACACGGGUUCUUCUGGGGCUGCUUCCACCCAGUCGCUCUUCACAGCCUGCUAUACCUACUAGGGUCCAAUGCCUGCCAGCCUAGCUCCAGUGCUUCUAGUAGGAGGGCUGAAAGGGAGCAACUUUUCCUCCAAUCCUAGAAAUUCAACACAAUUAGAUUUGAACUGCUGGAAAUACAACACAUGUUAAAUCUUAAGUACAAGGGGGAAAAAUAAAUCAGUUAUUGAAACAUAAAAAUGAAUACCAAGGACCUGAUCAAAUUUCACACAGCAGUUUCCUUGCAACACUUUCAGCUCCCCGUGCUCCAGAAUACCCACCCAAGAAAAUAAUAGGCUUUAAAACAAUAUCGGCUCCUUAUCCAAAGAACAACUGCUGAUUGAAACACCUCAUUAGCUGAGUGUAGAGAAGUGCAUCUUAUGAAACAGUCUUAGCAGUGGUAGGUUGGGAAGGAGGUAGCUGCAACCAAAAAAGAAAUACAUAUUCUAUAAACCUUUGGCUGCUAUCAGGUUUCACUUUUCUGCUCUUGUUGUCCAAAGACUCAGUGUAUUUCAUUACUUUUGACUCUACUAGACAUGACUGGGUUUCAACAGUAAAGGUCUUCAACUCUGACUAUUCAUUGGAAUCAAGCCACAAAAUUUUAAAAACUGAGAGGCUCAGGCCACACCCCAGCUCAAUUAAAUCAGAAACCCUAGACCUGGGAUCCUCUAACUAUUAGAUUUCUUAAAGCUCCCUCAAUGAUUCCAAUGUACAGUCAAGUUUGAGAACUACCAAUCUAAAUUUCAAGUUUGAGGGUGUUUGAAAAUUAAAGCCAUUCACAAUAUGAAGCCAGCUAAAAAUGUAGAAUGAUUUUGAGCAACUUGUGGAGUAUAAUAAGAGAAUUAAUGUGACUUCAAUGCUUGGAGCAUUCUUCUUCAAGUGGCCCAGGUUUGGUGAAACAGGACUACCUUGUCAUCUGCACGUCCAGGCACAUUUCGUAGUUUUGCAGUAAAUAAUAUUCACAUAAUGAUACUGUAUUGACUUUCAAUUUUCAGAAUUAACCUAUAGUUACAGCACUUAAGACAACCAGAGUUACAAAAGGGAAUUUAAAUAUUAUAACUUUGGACAAUAUAAAAGUGAUGAUUUAACUGACAGAAGCUGGGAAAUAUAAGGGGGAGGAGAAGUGGAGGAAAGCAAAGAGAGUCAAGAAUACUACUUAAAACUGAUGGGUUAAGAAAUAGUGCUUUAAUUCUAUUUAAGUAAUAAAAGAAAUGGAUGUAAAUCAUAAAAAUAUAUAUCUAAAAUUAAAAUAUUGAU